AAGUAGCAGCAAAUGUUCUCAAAUACUUCUUAACCUUACUUAAACAGUUUAAUUUACAUUACGUUUUUCUCACUCCAGCACAACCAUCAGCAAACGGUUGAUGGAUUUGCUUUGUUCGAAUAAUUUGUAUGGUUUAUUUUAUCAAAGAAAGCUUUAAUCAACCAAUGACUGAAAUUGUGGUUAAUACCCAACUUGGAAAUGGUCUAUGAGGCUUGCAGUGUUAGUUAGCUGGCUUCAACUGUUCUCAUCGCAUACUAAUGCAACGCCUCAAUCUUCUUCCGGAACCGGACAGGCAGGAGGAGGAGGACAGGGAGAAGCUGGUGCGGGUGGUAAUUUUGGCGCCGGCGGUGGAUUUAACGUUGGAGGAGGGUUCGGCGGAGGAUUCGGAGGAAAAGCUGGUGGUGGUGCUGCUGGUGGUGCCGAUGGUGGUGCUAAAGGAGGCGGCGGUCAACGCUAGGAUAAUAGAAUCUACUUCUUGUAUCAUUAAUGGCUGGCAAUAAAUCAGGAAUAAAAUGUGUAAGAUAAGCACUUUGGUCUAUCUUAUUGCAAGUGUUGAUAAAAAU